AUGUCAUUUGAUUAUAGUACUUCUGGAGGUUGGUAAAUACUGUACUGAUGUGACAAAAAUCAUUUUGCUUUAGAGUACUAAAUGAUAUUAGAUGCCGACAUAAAGAAACUAUAGUUUUGUUAAUUUCCUGUAAAAAAUGGCGGGUUUUUUAUGUCGGCACUUAUUGAAACAGACUAGACUAGGAUUAAUACUAUAUUAAUCAAGAAAGUCCCAACAUUAGGUAUUAAAGAGCUAGAAGAUUAAAAGAAGAAGACAAAGCAGAAGAAGAAGAAGAAGACGAAGAAGAAGGAGAAGAAAAAGAAGACGAAGACAACGACGAAGACGAAGAAGAACAAAAAAAGAAGAAAAAGAAGAAGAAGAAGACGAAAAAGAAGAAGAAAAAGAAGAAGAAGAAGCUUGAAAUCGUGUUCAAGUAUAAUAUUUUUAGUAUAUCGCAAACAAGUGAACCAAAGCCAUGUAUUCGCGUAAAUUACAGUAAGCUUUGGCGCUAA